UACAAUUUAAUUCAUUUCGAUUAGGCAAGGAAUCAGCAUCGCUUUUAGAAAUUGUGACGUGUUUUAUAACACAAAGCAAGAAAAAACUUUCAUUCUUAUUUCAUAAUGAAAUAAUUUUGACUACUUGGAUUAUAAGUUCAUGUUAAUGGAUAGACCCUCCUCAUCCCUUUCUACAUCCAGCAUGCGACCCAUUGAUAUCAACUCAGCUCAUUAUUAUGAUAAAGUAAUCAGUGUUAUAACAAAGAAACCGAGUGACAGAUCUAAUGGUGAUAUAAGUCAAAUCAAAUCAUGGUUUCAAAAGAAGUCGGAUUUAUUUAACCAGCUAAAUGACGAAAUAAUCCACGACUUGGUGAAAAAUUGUGAAUUUAUGAAAACUGAACGUGACUUUCUUCUCAUCGAGCAAGGCGAAAAAGGCGACUGCUUCUUCAUAAUAUUGCAUGGAUCAGUAUCUAUAUAUAUAAAUACCACUCUGGAACUAGAAAAAGAUUUACCCGAUGUCUCUAGAAAUCCGGACCCACUGGCAGAAAGGAGGGAGAGCAUGGGUAAAUCAGAGGACGAAAAAAUCAAAGAAUUAGAUCGAUCAAAAUAUGGAAUAUAUGUGGGAGAAAUAGAAUGUGGCAAAAGCUUUGGAGAACUUGCACUUAUAAAUGCCGACAGCGUUAGAAAUGCCACAAUAAUCACAGACGAGACUACAGAUUUGAUUGUAAUUGGUAGAGAUCUGUAUAACAGAUGUAUUAAGUCUUUCCAUGCUAAGGAAUUUGCUGAGAGGAAACAGUUUGUCGAAAGUAAUCCUUUAUUUGACAAAUGGCAUCCAAAGUAUAAAAAACAAAUAGCUAUGAGCUUGAAGAAGGAGAAAUUUCAUUUUGAAAGCGUCAUAAUAAAGCAAGGAACUCGGUUUGAUGGUUUACGUUUUAUAAUCAGUGGCCAGGCGAAAGUCAUUUCAGAUCCACACCAGCAUUCUACGCAAUAUUCUCAUUACUAUCCUUUACCAGAUAUUGAAGACUUGAAGAAGGAGGAAGCACGUGAAUCACUUAGAAGGGAACUUAGUGCACUUACAGGUGCCAAUGGUUUAAAACAAAAGCGUAUAAGCAGACCGAAAUCGUCCCUCCAUGUUUAUACCAACAGCGAGUCCUCCCAACGAGCGAGGUCAACAAGUGGUAGACGGUCACCAUUACCAACACGUCGUCAACUAGAAUUCUGUUUGGUAGCCCCUCAAGAAAUAUUAGGUGAUUUUGAAGUCGCUAUGAAUUUGAAUACAUUUUCAUAUUCUAUCACAUGCAUGCAGGAAACAGAAAUAUAUGUUUUGAAUCAGACUAAUUUUGAAAGGUUAAUCGAAAAAAGAAACCCUCAAGUUAUUAAAAUUAUCAAGAAUUCUGUAAUGGAGAAAUACUCCGUUCGAAUGUCUUGGAUGAAAGAAAAGAAAGACAUUCCUUUGUUUCGUUAUUUACUAUAUAAGACUGAAGAGACAGAAAGAAGAAAGAAACAAAAAAAGUGAAAGACAAAUGAUUAUGAAAACGCAUAUAAAUGUUCCCGAUGAUGACUUCUUGUCUACAUUAUUUUAUAAUGCUUUUACAACAUACUUCUCACGGAUUAAUAAAGACGAUGAAAUGUAGUAGAUCUAUUUCUGAACAAGGAUUAUUUGUAUAGAAGAACAAUAUUUUUUAGCAGAAAUAUCUUGGUCAGUUCAAGUGGCGAUAAUGAAAUAUUUCAAAUCUUAAAUGCAAAUUUACUUUUAUACCUUAAUAUGUAGUAUCGAAUGUCUUUAAGUUUACAGGUUCCAUCUUUCAGGUAAAUACUUUAUAAAUAGUAUCAAAUCUUCAAAUAUUUAAAUAAAAUGUAUAUAUGCACCGAAUUUAUUUUCAUGUUACAGAAUGUGCUGGUGUAAUAAAAUGUAGAUGUCA